AUGGAGGAUCAUCUCUCCAAGAUCUCGAGACUGCCCUCCUCCUCCUCCCCUGGCGAGUCCUCGGUGGGCAGCGGUUCGGACGACAGCCGAGGAGCAAAGAGCCCCCCUCCGGGAAAAGCCCUGAGCCCCGCCCUGCUGUGCAAAGUUUGCGGCGACACCAGCAGCGGGAAACACUACGGCAUCUACGCCUGCAACGGCUGCAGCGGCUUCUUCAAGCGCAGCGUCAGGAGGAGGCUCAUCUACAGGUGCCAGGCCGGUACGGGCAUGUGCCCUGUGGACAAGGCCCAUCGCAACCAAUGCCAGGCCUGCCGACUGAAGAAGUGCCUUCAGGCUGGCAUGAACAAAGAUGCGGUGCAGAACGAGCGACAGCCCCGCAGCACGGCGCAGGUGCGCCUGGACAGCAUGGACAUGGACACCGAGAAGGAGCACCUGGCCACCACGAGGGAGCCCACCUCCUCCUCGUCCUCCUCUUCCUCCUCCUCCACCUGCUCGGUCAUCACCCGGCCCCACAUCACCUCCACCAUCACCUCCUCUGCCCCUCUGCAGCGCUGCUCCAGCCCCCAGAACAACCACCGCUUCAUGGCCAGCCUGAUGACGGCAGAGACCUGCGCCAAGCUGGAGCCUGAGGAUGUUGAUGAGAAUAUUGAUGUGACAAGUAACGAACCGGAGAGGCCGUCCUCGGAGUACCACAUGUCACUCUACCCUUCCAGCAGCCCGGAGAACGUGUACGAGACCUCUGCCCGCCUGCUCUUCAUGUCCGUCAAGUGGGCCAAGAACCUGCCUGUCUUCUCCAACCUCCCCUUCAGAGACCAGGUGAUCCUGUUGGAAGAGGCCUGGAGCGAGCUUUUCCUGCUCUGCGCCAUUCAGUGGUCUCUCCCCCUGGACAGCUGUCCCCUGCUCUCCCUGCCUGACCUCUCCCCAACCCUGCAAGGAAAGACCAGCUUCUCCAGUGUGGACCUGCGGGUGCUGCAGGAGAUCUUCAGCCGAUUCAAGGCCCUCACCGUGGACCCCACUGAGUUCGCCUGUCUCAAGGCCAUUGUCCUCUUCAAACCAGAGACCCGAGGUCUGAAAGACCCAGAGCAGGUGGAGAACCUGCAGGACCAGUCUCAGGUGAUGCUGGGCCAGCACAUCCGAGCUCACUACUCCAGCCAGCCUGCCAGGUACGGUAAGCUCCUGCUGUUGCUGCCCUCUCUUCGGUUUGUGGGCUCAGAGCGGAUCGAGCUUCUCUUCUUCCACCGGACCAUUGGGAACACACCCAUGGAGAAGCUGCUGUGUGACAUGUUCAAGAACUAG